AGCAGGCCCCGCCCCCCUGAGCGCGUAUAAAGGGGCAGGAGCCAGCACUGGCUCUUCAGUGGUUUCUUGGUGACGCUAAGCAGAACAGCUCCAGCGUUAACCGCUCCUGGAUUCUCAUCGCUGUCAGUCUUGGACUUUGGGGUUUUGCCACUGUCAGAAGGACGUCUCGGACUGUGUCCUUCAAGUGCUUGAAAAAUCAUCCCUUCAGGAGGGUAUCUGAGCAUCGCCACAGAAUGAAGCUGGUUACCGUCACCCUGAUGUUCCUGGGUUCAUUCGCCUUCCUAGGCGCAGACACCGCACGGCUAGAGGCAUCCUCGCAGUUCCGAAAGAAGUGGAAUAAGUGGGCGCUAAGUCAUGGGAAGAAGGAACUGCAAGUACCCAGCAGCUACCCCACGGGGCUCGCUGAUGAGAAGAUGGUCCCGACUCAGACUCUUGUUCAGCUCCAGGACAAGGAGAGCACAUCUCGCACCCCACAAGCCAGCCCUCAGAGCAUAACCCACAUUCGAGUCAAACGCUACCGCCAGAGCAUGAACCAGGGCUCCCGCAGCGUUGGAUGCCGCUUUGGGACCUGCACCGUGCAGAAAUUAGCCCAUCAGAUCUACCAGUUCACAGACAAAGACAAGGACGGCGUUGCCCCCAGGAACAAGAUCAGUGCUCACGGCUACGGCCGCCGGCGCCGGCGUUCCCUGCCAGAGAUCCUCCUUGCCCGGACUGUGGUGUCCUCCCAGGAGCAGACACACGCAGCCCCAGCCUCCCAGGCGCAAUCGAAUCAUCUCCAGGCUCUUUAGGAGUUAGGUGCAGUGGCAGCAUUGAACAGUCGGGCGAGUGUCCCAUUGGCGCCUGCGGAAUCAGAGAGCUUUCGCACCCAGGGCGGACUGAGACAAUCCAGCAGAGAUCUGCCUGGCUGCCCCCAGGGGAGGCAGAAGAACCCAAGAUCAAGCCAGGCUCACGACAGAAACUGAAAAUUACAGGCAUCAUCCUUCGGGCAGGGGUCUGAGCCACUGCCUUGCCCGCUCACAAACUGGUUUCUCACGGGGCAUAAGCCUCAUUACUACUUGAACUUUCCAAAACCUAGCGAGGAAAAGUGCAAUGCUUGUUGUACAGCCAAAGGUAACUAUCAUAUUUAAGUUUGUUGGUGUGAAGAGGUUUGUUUUUUUUUUUGUAACUUCAAAUAUAUAGAGAUAUUUUUGUACGUUAUAUAUUCUAUUAAGGGCAUUUUAAAGCGAUUAUAUUGUCACCUUCCCCUAUUUUAAGACGUGAAUGUCUCAGCGAGGUGUAAGGUUGUUUGGUUCCGUGUGUGUGUGUGUGUGUGUGUGUGUGUGUGUGUGUGUGUGUAAGGUGGAGAGCGCCUGAUUACCGCCUGUGGAAGAAGAAAAAACAUUGUGUCUACGUAUAAUCUAUUUACAUAAAAUAUGUGAUCUUGGAAAAAGCAAACCAAUAAACUGUCUCAAUGCUGA